CGGCGGUCAGAUGAGAUUCCUCCAUACCAGAGGCUGUGGUCACAAUUUAAACUUCAGGCCUUAAAUCAGUCCAGUGCUUGGCCAGGACCCAAUCUAAACCAAAAUCCUUCACUGAGCAAUUGAUGCAGUCUCCACGGAACAACAUAAAUCACUUUCAGAAAUGAGUUGUACCAUAGAGAAGGUUCUGGCUGAUGCAAAAGCACUGGUCGAGCGCCUGAAAGAACACGAUAAUGCAGCGGAGGCCCUCAUCGAGCAAACCACUGCUCUUAACAAGCGGGUGGAAGCCAUGAAGCAGUACCAAGAGGAUAUCCAGGAACUGAAUGAAGUGGCAAAGCACCGACCUCGCUCCACGCUUGUGUUGGGGAUUCAGCAGGAGAAUAAGCAGAUCAGGGACCUGCAGCAAGAGAAUAAAGAGCUCCGCACGUCCUUGGAAGAACAUCAGUCGGCAUUGGAGCUCAUCAUGAGCAAGUACAGGGAGCAGAUGUUCCGACUGCUGAUGGCCAGUAAGAAGGACGACCCAGUGAUGAUCAUCAAAUUAAAGGAACAGCAUUCCAAGGAGCUUCAGGUGCACAUCGAUAAAAUCCAUGAAAUGGCCACAGUGAUGAGAAAAGCCAUUGAAAUCGAUGAACAACGCCUGUUCAAGGAGCAGGAAAGAAUUGUCCAGUUAGAGUCUGAAAACAAAGGUUUGAGAGAAGUGCUGCAAAUAAACAAGGAGUCGUUUCACUGCCUGAAAGACGACCUAUUAGAAAGUAGGCCAUUGUCUGGAUUAGUGACAAAUGCCAACCUCACCAUGCGGAAGAACUGAGAGGCUGCUCAACGCCACAACCUUCCACUUCUCAACCCAUCGGUGUGUGAAUAUUUUAGGUGGGCAGCCUGAGCCCACACAUGCAACUACGGACAAUUUACUGUUAAUUUCUGAAGCUAAAUGAGUUCUUGUGGCUAGUUAAACUGACAAAGGUAGCCUAUUUUACAUUGCAUGGUCAACCUUCUGAAAUAAAGAUCUGUAUCCACUUGUUCUGUGUCAUGUGGCCAGCAUCUUGUUUAGUUCAGGGAUCUCCCCCUCUGACCGUGGGCCAGAGAGCAAUUCACAGUGAAGGUUGCUGCUGCUACCAGCAUAAGAGGCCUCAGGGAACGAAGCAAUCUCCGGUUCAGUUGAACUGAAUUACCCGUGUCUAUAUAUAAACAAUUUAUCAUGUAAAAUGCGUGUUUGCAGUGUGGAGGGUGGCUGCAGGAAGCUGAUAAGAGAUUGUGUCAAACUUAAUUACACAAAUUGGGAUAAGUAUUUAUUUAACUGACCAAAUGUAGAAUGGGGUAGAUGAGCUUUAUUAAGGAGUUGUUUAUAGUGAGGUUUGUACAGAAUGCACUCUUGCAAGUCAGCAGACUUCUAUUUUUUAAAACCAAAUUUAUUCACAAUGUGAGAUCGUUAACUUGGAUCUGUUUGUUAAUCCUACAAUGUCUGUACAAGAUGCUGUCUCUGGAUGUGUAUAUUUUUGCUUUAAUAAAGAUGAUUAAAUA